UGAAAAAAAAAAUUUACUUGUCCAACAAGAAAGGAAGCCUCUACGGUGAACAUUUCAAACUGUUGAAAGAAAAAAUAUGCUCACACCAACCAUAUAUAAAAAUGCCUUAAAUGAAAAAAGUAACAAAUCUGCACUCUGAAUCACAACAAAACGUAGCUUAAAGUAAAACUACCGGUUCUCUCCAGUACCCGGUCAUAACUCUUCCGCUUCCGCACCAUGGACAACGACGACGGGGCCAUCCGAUGGCUAGAUUUCGAAAAGAUGAAAGUGAUUUCCGCCGUGGGACGUGGCGCUAAAGGCGUGGUGUUUCUGGCGACAACCGGUGAUGAGCGGUCAUCAUGGAGCGAGUGUGUUGCUCUGAAAGUGAUAUCGAAAGCUCUCAUACAUGAGAAGAAGGCGAGGAACUACGACAAUACAGGCUCCGAUGAGUACAAGAGGGUGUCGUUUGAGCAGGAAGUGCUACGUCGUUUUGAUCACCCUCUUUUGCCACGGUUGCGAGGGGUUUUCGAAACAGAGAAGGUCGUCGGGUUUGCCAUUGAUUACUGCCAUGGUGGCAGCCUCCAUUCUCUCAGGAAGAAACAGACUGAGAAAAUGUUCUCCGAUGACACCAUCAGGUUUUAUGCUGCGGAAUUGGUUCUCGCAUUGGAGUAUUUGCACGAUCUGGGAAUAGUGUACAGGGAUUUGAAGCCGGAGAACGUGAUGAUCCAAGAAAAUGGUCACAUAAUGCUCGUUGAUUUUGAUCUCUCCACGAAACUAAACCCUAAAUCCCCUCAAUCACUUAGUCUCGACUCGUCAGCAGGUUCCAACUCAGUGACGGUGAGGAGGCGGCGACUCUCACGUUUAUACAGUUACUGCAACGCGGGGAUCUCGCCGUGCGACACAGAGUGGGAACCCCAACCACGGCGGAACGAGUCGGACUCGGUGGAGAAAUCAAACUCGUUCGUCGGAACGGAAGAUUACGUGGCACCAGAGAUCGUGUCCGGAAAGGGUCACGGUUUCGGAGUUGAUUGGUGGUCACUCGGUGUCGUUUUGUAUGAGAUGCUCUACGGAACGACGCCGUUUAGAGGGGAGAAUCGGAAGGAAACGUUUUACCGGGUUUUGACUAAAGAGCCAGAGCUCACGGGGGAGAAAACCGCGUUACGGGAUUUGAUUAGGAAACUGCUGGAAAAGGAUCCUGACCGUCGGAUCUGUGUGGAUGAAAUCAAGGGCCAUGAUUUCUUUAGAGGAGUUCAGUGGGACACGGUGCUGCAAAUUGUGAGACCACCUUAUAUUCCUGAAAAUGAGGUGGAUAACACAGAGCGGUUUAGCAAAAACGAAGUGGAGAUUUUUGUCCAUGAGGUGUUUUUUCCUGACUGUGAUGAUGAUGGAAUGAAAAAUAACAAAGUGGAGGAAAAGAAUGGUAAUGGUGAGAGCAAUAAAACGGUGUGGAUUCAUAAGUUGAGUGAUCACUCUCCCACUGAAAAUGAGGAUUUUUUAAUUUUUUGACUUGAUAUAUUUUUUAUAGUUUAUUUUUUGAAUUUUUUUAUCCUUUAAAUGUAGAUCAUAUAUUUAUUUUUACCUUUUACAAUUAGAUAGUUAGAACAUA